AUGAAACAUACGACAAGAAGCGUAUAAGAAAUAUGCUCAUCUACUUCACUAACCACUUGAACGGCUGUGCAGCAAUACUUCGCAUUGGAAAUCAUUUCCAUCCAGCGAUCGGCAUUUCACCAUGAGCGGCAUAUGUGCUUGGUCGAGUAAAAACAUUAUGUCGAUUUCGAUAGACGAUAACGAUGACUCAGCGCGUUGAGUGGCAGCGACAGUUGCUCGCCAAACACAAUGUUAUCAAGGUGUAUAAAGUCAUAGCUGUCAAGCACGAGAUUCCGGACUCAGAGUACGCAGAUACCUUUUUUACACAGUUGAUGUUGCUGAAACAAGGGCCUGAAUGUGGCUGUUUAGAUGUAAGGGACAAAGACAAGAGACGACCGGCUCAAGCAGUAGACAUGAGCUUAAUUGCGAUGUAACAUCCACAAAAUGCCAUACGGAAUGCCAGAUCCUUCAACAUCAAAUGAAGACACAUAUAUGCGUUACGCUUAGUCAUUCACACUCUGUCAGACCCUUCAAGCUGCUAGCGGAAUGCGAAAGCACGGAGCAGAGCUAACAUAAAUGCAACUGACAGUGGCGUGGUCUUCACAAUUUUGUUGAGUGAGCUCUAGUUUACAAGGUCGAACGAGCCAAGUGGUUGUCGUAAAACCAGCAAUCUGGACCUUUAAAUGUGGUUGUAAACGAUGGAAGCUUUAUCACACAGCUAUCAAUUCAUUUCAAUGAUGCGCGUGGCAUGUUUGCAAGUAUUUAGUACAUUGAACGCCGUAACGUGUACUUUGUUCAAUGCACGCGAGAAAUGCUGAUAAAAAGGAGAAUGACUAACUUCGUGCUUCGGUAAAUCGUUUGUCAGACAGAUGUAACAUCGAAAUACUCAUAAAUUCUUUUUUUUUCUGGAAGC